GCACGUAGUCACACUCACCCACGACCCCCCUCAUUACUCUUUUAUUUAAUUUUAUUUAUUUUUUCUAUAAAAAUUCGCUUCCUUCUUUCUAUAAAGAAUCCUUCUCGUUUGCAUCUCUGCCCUCUUCACCUUCUUCUAUUCCCUUCCGUCUUUCACAAUUUUCUAGGCUUCGCGUUCCCUCUCUUUCUUGCUGCUCAUGGCUGACAGUUUGGACGACGGCGAGUUUUGGCUUCCUCCUCAGUUUCUUGCUGAUGACGAUAAUAUGCCGAGCCAAAACACCUGUGCUACCAACAAAAACAGUCACCUAAACUGCCUGGGUUCGACUCCGUUCCUGCCUCAACGGCCUUUCUUCCCAUUUGAGUUCGGGACUUCUGGUGGAUUUUCGGAUUUCAGUUCUCCUGGUGAAUCGUUGAAGGGUUCCAGCGAGACGGAGAGUGACGAGGAGGAUUGUCUCGCUGAAAUUACUCUCCGUAUGGCUCAAUCAACCAUUGAUGACGGUUUCGACUCUUAUAAUUCUAAGGCAAGCCUCUUGUCCGGAUCUCCGCAGUCGACUCUGUGCGACAUGGGGAGUGGCAGUGGUUGCAGUCAAGUUUCCAGUCGUGGUAGUCCAAAAAGCAAUUGUAAAGUUCCAUCUCCUCCAGCUACAUGCGAUCUGCUGCAUGCGGCUGCAGGGGAAGUUGCGAGGAUGCAGAUGAAUGAGAGUCGUGGUGUUAUUUCACAGAACAGAGGAACAUCUCAAGUCUCUGUUCCGGUGAAAAACUCGAGCACGGGUACCGGGUUUUACCAGCAGUUGCAGGCUGUGCAAGUUUCGCACCUGAAUCAGAAGGAAAUUAUGCAGCGACAAAACUUGACUGUCGGUGAGCAGAUGAAUUCUCCUGCAGCGUAUCAACGGCAACAGGUCCAUGUAAUGGUUCAGAAUGGAGUGAGGGGCUGUCGGGGAUUGUCGUCAUCUGCCUGGAUUCCGCCGCCGCAGGGCUCUGGAACGAGGGCUCUGUUUCUCGGAGCUCGAGGAGGCAAAAGGGAAUGCGCUGGAACUGGUGUAUUUUUGCCUCGACAUAGCAGCACACAGUCUGAGCAACGAAGAAAGCCAGCCUGUUCUACGGUGUUGGUACCUGCAAGAGUGAUGCAAGCCCUGAACCUUAACCUCGAGGAUAUUUGCAGUCAGCCUCAUGUGCAACCCAUGGGUGGCGGACGAUUGAAUUCAGAGAAGGAUGUUCUCCUGAGGCUGCAAAUCAACCGUGGUGGAAAUUAUGAAAAACGAAACGGCCGUGGGCAGUUACCAACAGACCAUGAAAUCAAGCUUCCCCAGGAGUGGACAUACUGAAACGAAAUAAAAGUUGCGCAAUAUGAUGAAAGUAAUUGAAAAUAGGUAAAAGGAAGGAGACGACAAAAGAAGGCGGUGCAUUUGAUUUUGUGGUUAGGUUUAGAGAAAAAUAAGAAGGUUUUGGUGGGGGAUUCCAAUGGGGAACAAAAUGGGUUAGGGGUAGCAGGCAGCGAGUCAGCCCCCUAUAUAACAAGGGGUAAGAGGUAGGUAGGGGGUAUAGCAACUUUAUUUUGUUGUUUGUUGGGUGAGGGAGUUUGGGUCACUCAGUCAAACUGAUGAACAAAAGAAAAGAAAAAAGAGGGCAUUUUUCCACCUCUUUUGUGUCAAUAAAUAUUUUUCUAGAUUCUCUAUAAAAGGCAUGGGGAACUUUUUUGGGACU